AUGACCCCCGCGGCGGAUAUCCCGCAGGCGGCGAGACCCGCCACAUGCGGAGAGGAUGCAGAGCGCCAGUCGACAGCAACGGGCACAGAUCAAGGCGGCGGACCGGCGACGCCACCCGAGGAGCAGCUAACCGCGACCCAGCAGUUGUUGGCCAGGAUAGCGGCUGGUCAGGAGACGCUCGCCGGGAUGAAACGGCGCAGGAAGCAGGAGCUGAAGGCCGCACGCGAGAAGGAUCCCCGACCGGACUUGGACCAGUUCGAGACGCGUGCCGUGUUCCAGAAGAGGGCCAAGAAAGGCAAAGACCGGCUGGGGCUGAGACGGGUGUCGCGGAAGAAGUCCUGGCUGAAGAAGCCGAAGCGAAGUGGGUGCUUCGUGAUAGGCGGACCAAAAUGGCCACCAGCAGCCCCGGUCAAAUUGACGGAGGAAGACGAAGACGACAGCGACGCGGAAGGAGAUGACGGAGACGGCGACUACGACUUUGGCGGAGGCGAAGACGCGCAAGACGACGGCGACGGCGAAGACGAAGAAGGAAGCAACUACGACCACAUCGAGGAGGACGACGGCGGAGAGGCGAGCGGAAGAGAAACUGCGACGGAGACGCCCGGGCCGACGGCGGAACAGCAGGACAACCAAGCCCAGAGUGCCACGCGCCAGUGGUUGAUCGACCACGUGCCUGUGGGCGAGGCGGUACCGUGGCCUGCGGACAUCCAACGGACGCUCACGAUGUUGAACCCGGACAACAUAUCGUUCCGGAUGGACGGUGCGCGGGAGGAGAAAUGCGGCUGCGAACGAAGAUGUUUUCUUGGUUGGUGCAAGAAUGCCCGCGAGGCGCAAGUGUGUAAGGCCGAGACCUGUUCGGUAGGGGCCAAGGGUUGUGAGAACCGGUUCCGUCAGCGACGGCUGACCCUGAAGCGGACCGACAUGGGGUUGGGGGUGUUCGCAGCCCGCUCGAUCCGAGCGGGCGACGUCGUGUGCCAGUACUACGGGAAGUACGCACAUGAAGUAUCCCCGUACGCCCAUUACACGAUCGAGCUGACGGAGAGGGACGCCAACGGGCGGCGAGUGUAUGUGUGCGCUGAGGACUGCGGCUCGAUCGCGCGGUUCGUAGCACACGCCUGCCAGCCAAACACCAAUUUCUUGGAAGUGAGAGGGAUACGGAGGCCGAUCAUAACCCUCUUGGCGCAGGUCGACAUUCGGAUCGGGACAGAGAUCACGGUGGACUAUACCGGGGCGACAUGGGAGGCGUUGUGGUUCCAGUGCCAGUGCGCCGUCCAUCAAGCCCAAGACGCGACAACGUAG